AACCUCGGUAGUGCCAUUACUUUAUGAAAAUGUGUCAUUUGCCACUUUGUUUAUUGCAAAAAAAAUACUACAAUGGCAGGGAUAAAACAAAAGAAAGUAAGCAAUGUCUGAUUUUGUACUGAUUUUUGUCUCGACUUGAUUACAGAAGGGUCUGGGGAGUUGAGAGCGGCUGCUCUGUGUUUUUAAAUGAGAGUUUGAUUUUAUUAUAGAAAUAAAUGAAUAACUGCAGAAGUGCAUAUGCCUAAACUUUCUUUACUUUUCAUUUGAUAAACUUAGUAUUUUUAAGAAAAACUUGCAAUGCUGCUUUGAGGCUUCCAAAAACAACUGUUUGAGAACCACUGACCAAGGUUAUACUUUUUAAUUUUUAAACACAUUUGUGAGGUAAACAGUGAUUCAGCAUCAAUAGCCCCAUCAGACAGCGAGAGACAUACAGACAAAACAACAAAUAGCGAGUGAAAAUGAGGGACAAAAAGCUAUUAAACUUGAAUGCUUGCUGCGCAGUAAUUUCUGCAAACAAAGACGAGGAUGUCAACAUUUAUAGUUUUAAUAAAAUUAAAAUGAAUACCGUGCUAUUUUGAUAGCAUUACAGUGGGAUUUGUAUAAUUAUUUGUUUGCCACAUGUCAUUUGAAUAUUUUCAGGAAAAUAUAUUUGCUUUGUAUUUGUAUUAUUAAAUGGCAAUGAGAUAUUAUGUCAACAUUAGGUGUUGCAACGUUCUGUUACAGGUUUGGACAGUCCCUUAUCUGGCCUUACCGUAAUUGAAUACCACUGCCAUAGACUGUUAUACUGUACAUAAAUAAACCACAGUACCGUUACAGUUAGUAAAUUUGUACAUAAGAACAUACAUUACAUAAUAUUACUUUUUUCUUGGUACCAUGGUUUUUACUUGUGUCAAAAUCACACUGUAUUUUUUUUUUUUUUUUUUUUAAUAGAUGUAGUUUAAAUUAAGGACCACAAUAAGUAAACUUUAGUGACCAGAAGCUUUACUUCUUGAAUUAUUCAUUCUAUAGGUCAAGUUAUAAAGUACUGCAAAUGUUUAAUCACGAUAAUGUAAUACUACAAUUAAAAAGAAAACAUAGUAUGGGGUACUGUAUUGUGCCCACCAAUACAAAAUCGAGUUUAAAUGAUAUAGAUUCAGUAAAUGAUAUAGUGACUAUGACAACUAUCUGCGAAGGAACUUAAAAUUAAGCAGAGUUGCACAUCGACAUUUUCAACAAGGGACCUCUGUAUAGUCCAAUGGUCAUCUAUGUAAACUGGGUACAAAUGGUGCCCCAGCUAAAGACGAGUAGUUGUCAUAUUAUUUAAAAUACUGCUCUACUUUUUUCGCUGUAAAAGCAAAACAUACAGAUAAAUAACGAAAAAAUAAUUGGACAAAUGUCCGCAGUGUUUCUUGAAACUUCAGUAUCUGUGCGUACGAAAUACUUGAUCACGUGACUGGCAGGGGACGCACUAUCAGGUGCACUUCUUCAUGCUGCACUGGUCUGUCUCUCUCACAGCUGCAGCAGGAUGACUCUCACCUGGUUGGAGCGUUGUUUCGCCCGAUGUCUCCGCGUCCUGACUCGUGUCUUCAUCGCUAUAUUUAUGUUAGUCCUGCCCGAGAGACAGCGGCCAAACGCGACCAACCGGGUCUCACCAGUCACAAACCCGCUUCUGCUGCUGUCCGCGGUUCAACUAGCGCGCAGGAUUCGACGCAGGGAGGUGUCCUGCGUGGAGGUGAUACAGGCCUACAUCAGUAGAAUUGAGGCAGUGAACCCACUGGUCAAUGCAGUGGUGAAGGACAGGUUUGCGUCAGCCCUGCAGGAGGCAGAUCAGGUGGACAAGCUGGUGGCGGAGGAGAGCGAAGACGAGGCAAGUCUGGAGGAGAAGUUCCCUUUGCUGGGUGUCCCGCUGUCUGUCAAAGAGGCCAUCGCUCUGCAGGGGAUGCCGAACUCCUCGGGGCUGGUGAGCCGGCGUGCUGUGGUGUCCCACUCCGAUGCGGCCAGCGUGUCCCUGCUGAAGCGCGCUGGAGCCGUGCCACUAGGGGUGACGAACUGUAGCGAGCUGUGCAUGUGGUUUGAGUCGAGCAACAACGUGUAUGGCAGGAGCAACAACCCCUACAGCCUGGACAGGAUUGUGGGAGGCAGCUCCGGAGGGGAAGGCUGCAUUCUGGCGAGUGCGGGAUCAGUGAUUGGAAUCGGCUCCGAUAUCGGGGGUAGUAUCCGUAUGCCAGCAUUCUUUAAUGGAGUCUUUGGACACAAACCCACGAUAGGAGUCGUGCCCAAUGAAGGGCAGUUUCCCAACGCCUCAGGUUCCCAGGUAGAUCUCCUAUGUACUGGACCCCUGUGCCGCUAUGCUGAAGACCUUGCCCCUCUGCUGAGAAUUAUGGCAGGACCCCAAGCCGAGAGGCUGAACCUGUCUGAGGAGGUGAACCUGAAGCAGGUGAAGUUCUACUCCAUGGUGCAUGAUGGGGGCUCCCUGUUUGUGUCUCCAGUAGACAGACAGCUGGUUGAUGCUCAAUACAAGUUGAUAGAGCGGCUAGAGGCUGACCUGGGGGUCAAAGUUCAGCAGGUUCAAAUUCCGGAAUUCAAAUAUGCUUUCCAGAUAUGGGCGGCGAUGAUGUCAUCAAAGAACGCUGAUGGGCAGGCUGCGCAGUCCUUCACAAAGCUGAUGGAGGAUCACGGCAAGCCAGUCUGGCCUCUUUGGGAGCUACUGAAGUGGAUUCUGGGGUUGUCCUACCAUACCCUUCCAGCCAUUGGGCUGGGGCUGGCAGAGAAGCUUCAGAGCUCAAAGCCCAGCAAUGAUCUGCUCAAGAAGACACAGGCGCUGCGGGGAGAAAUGGAGCGCCUUCUGGGUUCGGAUGGUGUCUUCCUCUACCCCUCACACCCCAAGAUUGCCCCCAAACAUCACCACCCCUUCUUUACCCCUUUCAACUUCAGUUACACAGGUAUCUUCAACAUUCUGGGGCUGCCAGUUACGCAGUGUCCCCUUGGCCUGAGCACAGAGGGCCUGCCUCUGGGGAUUCAGUUGGUCUCCAACCUGUAUAAUGACCGGCUGUGCAUCGCCACUGCCCGCUAUGCAGAGACGGCCUUCGGGGGAUGGAGGGACCCGGGCAAAGCUUGACACCACCAGGCUCCCUGGAAUCAUGCACUUAACUGGAAAUACUUUACUUCUGUUUUGUUUGUUGGGGUUUUUUUUGCAAAUCCCUCCGAUUAGCUGAGAUUAAUCCAUGUUUUCCCGUUUUUAACAAUACAUUCUUGUUUCAUAGGAGAAGGAAGUAAGAUACUGUGGAUUUCAUGGGACCCUAGUUUACACUUUGUGGAUAAAAAGGGGGAGUAUCCUGCUUAAUGUUUUAUAUUAUUACAUCAUCUGGGCUCUUUCCAUUAGCCAAGAAAAAGGGAUCCGGAUAAGGCAGGGCUCAGGUCAGAUUACAGAAAAUGAUAUCUACAAUUACACCUGUUAUAUCUAACAGUAUACCAUCCCUGGGAAUUCCAAUCCUCUGUUUUAAUCUUGCUGCCUAAUGUUUCCUUAGGUAAGGUAAUGUAAGAAUACUGCUGACUGGGGUCUCUGAAGCCUGCAUAAAAUCUGAUCCCCAUCCGCAAUUUAAAAAUAGCAAUGUAAAUCUAAAGCAUAGAAGACAGAGAAAGACAUUCCCGUCAUAAACGUUUUUCUUUUCAUUUAUUAAGUUCCUUUUAUUUAUUUAUUUUUUCUAAAUUCAGCACCAUUGACUGAUUCAAUAGUAGGGUGUAACAGCCAGGUUGUCCCUGCUUUUUUUGCGCUGCUACAUAUCUUAUAUUUGAUUUUAUCAUAUGCAGAUUUCAAAGCUAAAAAAGAAGAGACUUUGAAUAGAGUACUAUGCGUGUAUUAGUUUAAGCUAAAGGUACCUGCAGACAGUUACCAGGAACGCAAAGAGUACAAUGUCUGUGUUCAAGAAUGUGUAAUACAGUAACCUAAGCCUCAGUAUGCAAUGUAAUAUUUGUAUGAGAAGGAGAGAGAAGAAAGGCUACUAAAGGUUAAUAGUGAUUUAUUGAUUGCAUGUAUGUAUGUAUGUAUGUAUGUAUACAAGUGGGUUUUAUUCCAGGCCAACUUGAAAAUGAGAUUUUCAUAUCUGCAUCAUCUUCAUACAUAAAUAAAUUAAUAAAAGUGAAA